UCUGAAAGGUUUUAUUCUACUUUCUUACAGGUUCUCAAGACACCUGUCUCAUUGGAUAUGCUUGGUCGCAUAUUUAAUGGUUCUGGAAAACCCAUUGACAAUGGUCCUCCAAUUUUGCCAGAGGCUUACUUGGAUAUUUCUGGUAGUUCUAUUAACCCUAGUGAGAGAACCUAUCCUGAAGAAAUGAUCCAGACAGGAAUUUCAACAAUUGAUGUCAUGAAUUCAAUUGCUCGAGGACAGAAAAUUCCACUUUUUUCUGCUGCUGGUCUUCCUCAUAAUGAAAUAGCUGCUCAGAUCUGCCGUCAGGCUGGUUUGGUGAAGCGUUUGGAGAAAUCUGAUAAUCUUCUUGGGGUAUACUGAACGUCAUAAUAAAUGUUUUACGUCUAAAACUCGAA